GAUAUAACUCCUCCCACGCCCUCCAUAUUCUAGCCAAUAGCCCGCGGCCAUUGUCCCCAUUUGCUCCGCCCACCUGGAGUAGCGUAUUCACUACCUAGCUCCGCGUUCUAACUCUUAGCUCCGCUUCCUCGCAGAGACUCAGCGACAGGCGGCGGAGCUGUCAGCUGUGUGGCGGUGGCGCAUGCGUAGAGGGGACGUUCUUUCGCUCGACCCUCCUCCUCCCUUCUGUCAGUUGGCUUAUAACACCAGCAACUGCCGGAGAGUGGGGGGUGGGCUGCAGGAGCCGGCUUGGCUGGGUUCUUCCUUUCCUUCUCGAACUCCUCCUUUAGGAGAUUCCCCGUCGUUCUUAGGACUUCCCAAGUAAUCCCCCACUCCUCUUCAUGCCAUGGACUCUCCUCCGAUGCUGUACCCUGUGAAGCUCUACGUUUACGACCUGUCCAAGGGCAUGGCUCGGCGCCUCAGUCCUAUCAUGCUUGGGAAGCAGCUGGAUGGCAUCUGGCACACUUCCAUAAUUGUCCACAGGGAUGAAUUCUUCUAUGGAAGUGGUGGGAUCUCCAGUUGUGCGCCGGGUGGAACGUUGCUUGGGCCUCCAGAUUCCAUUGUGGACCUGGGAUGCACAGAAGUUACAGAAGAUCUCUUUCUGGAAUACUUGGCCUCAUUGGGGGAAUCUAUAUUCAGAGGAGAAUCUUACAAUCUUUUUGACCAUAACUGCAAUACGUUCAGCAAUGAAGUGGCACAGUUUUUGACAGGGAGGAAGAUCCCUUCCUACAUCACUGACCUUCCAUCUGAAGUGCUUGCAACACCCUUUGGACAAGCUUUAAGGCCUCUGCUCGACUCCAUCCAGAUCCAGCCACCUGGAGGAAACACUUUCAGCAGACAUAAUGGACAGAGCUAGCAAAUAUCAUGGAAAGUGCCUCCAUUCACCAGGGCUUUCCCUUUUAAAACCCAAAUGUACCAGAUUCCUAUUUUGAUUUCAUGCCAGAGAUAACAGCAAGAGGGUGCUCCAGACCGUCCAGCAAGAGUAGUUACUGGUUUGCAUGUGAUAUGAUGCUGCAGGGGUGGGGGGAGGGUUGGGUUAUAAAGUCAAAAGGCAUUAUAGCUACUUGCUAAAGGUGUGGGGGUGUUUUUGUUUGUUGGGAGGGUUGUCUUGGUUCACUUCUGAUGCUUUUAAAAUACUCCCUGCUAAGGAAUUGGAGAGUAGAAGCCCCAUUGCAAAACUUGGAGUGAGAUGAGUAGCCCUAACCAUCCCUUGGCAGAUUAGCUUUUUUUUACCCUUGUUAUGAUAUACUUGUGGCAGAUGUAGCCCCAAGAGUAUGAGUCUUGCAAUAUUUACAUUCUAGUUAACCCUAACCCAGUAUUAAACUUGAAUAUUCUUUUGUGCUAUCUAAAAAAGGAUGGAAAGUUAAAAACUUUCACUGUGAAGUAAUGUUAUAAGAAUUGUCUUAAAUUAACAAUAUAAAUUUUCAGUUAUUGAAACCUCCAUGAUAAAUGAUUGGAUGGAUGCCUUUCUAAUCCUGAUUGCCACCUAUCUCACAGUAUUUCAGCUGGACUGGAAACAAUGUGUGGAGUGUCCAGUUUUAGAGAGAAUUAUCCCUUCAGUUCAUAUGUGAAGCCCCCCUUGAAUCUGGUGACGUUAAAAUUGAAGUCUUUAUCACUCUAAGCAGUCUUUGCUCCAUAUGAUAAAGGAAAAUGUGGCACCUAUGUAUAGCUGUACAGCUAUGUUAUUUAAGCACAUGCCUUCUCUGAUACCACAGUCUUUCCAUGUGAGAGUGAGGUAGAUGUUGCAGAUGGUCUAUGGUUUGAGGUGAUACAUGGGUUAUUCAAACUAGCUGGUAACUACUCUAGAAGUUACAGUCCCAAAUCAAAAUUAGCAUAUGUUAUUUAUGAGGGAAAGAGGGAAUCUACAUAAAACUUCCUUGUACAUUGUAUUUAAGUUAUAUGCUGCUUAUAAGGAAUGUGCAGCUCCUAUAGGAAAGGUGUUGGCACUCCAUCUUCCUCCCAGUAUAUUCAGAAAAUUUGGUUCAGCUGUGCAGGGCAAGGAACAAAUGAUGAUGAUUAUACACUGGUUUUCCUGGUAAUUAUUUCUCCACUUUAUCUUAUCCGUAGUUCAGGAAAACAAAAUGGGGCAAAGGCAGUUAGCCUUUGUGAAGCCUCACAAUAAGCGACAAUAACUUUGUCUCAAACACAACCUGGUCUAUUGUAUUAGUUAUUAUUUCAGUAAACUUGGAACUCUUAGGUGGUCCAUUGUAUUGAUUAUUAAUUAAGCUAACUUGGAACUCUUAGGCCCUGAUGAUGCUCCAAAAAGAUGCACAGCAAAAGCUAUUUUUUGCUCAUAGCUGACAGGAAGGGAAGAUAAUUUUGUUUUUGCUCAGAGAUAAUUACUUUUGUUGUAUAAUAUAGUGGGAUUGCUCUGUUAUGUAUGAGGAUAAAUGGCAACCUCCUAGCAAGGUAGCCAAAUAGCAGUCUGUGGGCAUCCUUAUUCCAUUUGUUCACUGAAAGGUUCUAAGGUGACAGGAAAAAUGCAACCCUACCCCACCACUGGGCUCUUCUCUAGUCCUCUUUCCUUUCUUGUUGUGGGAUAAAACUGGAUUCUUGUUUGCUGGAGCAAACAGGAGAGGAUGAUAUGUGAAGAGACUGGACACAGUGGUGGCAUCAUCUUUUGCUACCUCAACCCUUAGAUGGGAUCUCCACAUGGCAAUCUGACAACCCCACUGCCUUUCUAGUCUGGUAGCAUUUUAUACCAAUUUUGGCAGCUGUGGCUAUAUAAGAAUAACUAACACAAAAUCUGUUCCUGAAUAUUCUUAAUAUACUGUUCUUUUGCUUGCUAUAAAGACAUUUGUCAUUUCUUCUUUUCAUGAUACAGGAGAGAAACAGCAGGUGUUGAAUCUUUUAAAAAUGUAUCCUGUUGAAGUUUAUGGAAGCACUUAGUAAUUGUCUCUUCAGAUAGUUGUUUCCUUCAGCUGGGUCCAAAAUACGUUUACUUCCAAGAAAGCUCCACUGAGGACCAUUGGAGUUUUUAAAGAAUUGUGUCCUGGUUCCUCACAGCCACAUAGCAGCUGUCGGAAAUGGCCUUUAAAAAACUAAAGGAUGCCACCACAGGAGGAGAUAAGGCUUGUGCCUUCCCCAAAAUUUGUUUUUAUGUGCUGAAACCGCUUGGGGGAGUAAUUUUCAUUGCUCUAUGUGCUCUGUGCACAUGGCGCAGCAAAAAUGGGGAAAGAAGUCCCUGUCAAGUGCUGUUUCAGCAGAGAAAAACUGCUGGGGGGGAAGUAGGAGCCCUUCUUCCCACCCCCCACCCCAAUGGCAUCCUGAGCCCAUUUGGGCUCUCUAUUUUUACAAAGCUAUUCCCCGCCACAUCUGCUUUAUGGUUGUGGGGAACCUGGAUCAACUCUCUGAAAACCUGAACAUGCAGUACAGCCCUGGGACGUUCUUCCAAGUAACUGUGUCUAGGACUGGGGCCUUAGAAGUGCCAAACUUUUUUUUUUUAACUUGUUUGUAUCAUCUUAACCAUUCCUUCUAUCUGUUUUUGUGUGUGCCUUUCCCCAGCUGUCUAGACCAUCUGGCCAAGUAGAGAAAUGAAAUGUCCUGGAACUUACUUGAUCAUCUUUUUUAGCAUUUUCCUUCCCACUGCUCCAGGAUUGCACAUCCUGAUCCUUUGUAUGUCUCUUUAGAAGCAGGGAUUUUAACUCUCCAGAAAAUGUGUGUAAAACUUUAGAAUGAGACUUCACCCCAUACACACACCAGGAGGGUUGAAAGGAGCUGAGGAUGAGAUUAUGGAACUGAAUAGCUCUCCUCCCUAAUGUUUCUGCUUAAGAGAUAAGGCUUUUGCUUGUUCUAUUUUAACAUGUGUGCACUACCAAUUCAAACCUUUGAAACGAUGGGACUCCUAGAAGGGGCUGCGCUUCAAGGCUAACUCUCAUUUCUAGGAUAGAAGAUAAAUGUAUGUGCCCCCUCCCAGGUAACACGGUUGAGUGUGGGUGGUCAGCUUCCAAGGGGCUGACUGUACCCAGCAUUCUACUUAGUCACAUGUAUUUAUAAGUAUGUAAAGGUAUGAGAUGUGUAUAUGUAUGUAAAUUGACUCACUUCCCACCUGAAGUGGCUGGCACAAGGCCGGGGGGAGGGGGUGUAUCUAAGCAGCUCUCAUGAGAGUGCAAAGGCUUGGCCCAAAUAAUGGGUCUGUCAUAUUUCUGGGGAUUCCUUUUUGCCAUUUUAUAAUUAAGAUGAAUAAUAAAGCCUUUUGGCAGAAA